AUGGCUGAAGCGGUAUCUGACAGCGAGAAGCAGCCGGCUGUGAAGGCUCCGCCCAAACGGCGCCGCCUCGACCCAUCAGCCGUCGUCCCGGUUCCGAUUUACUCCAACAAGGUAAACAGCUGUCUGCACCUGAAGCCGAUGGCUUCGGUCUUCACUCGGACGCAGAACAGAGACGACGGAGCGGACGACGGUUUGCUGUCGCAGAUGUUUUUAUCUCGAGGAACGACGAAGACGCUCAGCGACGUCGUGCUCACCGACUCCGAGGAUGAGACUGAGCACGUGCAGAACAAAGCGAAGGAUGAGGAGAGGAGGAAAGAGCUGGAAGCCGUCCGCAGCCCGUCCCCCCCCCCACCAGAGAGUCAGGUUCAGAAACCAUCGUGGAAGGUCACCCAGAAGAUCAGUGAGAUUGACAGGAAGCUCAGGGCAGUGAACUCCCUCCUCUCUCCGGAGCCUCGGGGCCGGAGGGCGAGGCGUCGGCGAGGCCCCCAGUCUGCAUCGCUCGACGAGCCACAAGACGACGACGACGUCCUCAUCAUGACCCCCGAGGACGACAACAACGCCCACCACGACGACGACGAUGAUGACAUCAUCAUCAUGAACCCUGAUUUGCAGUACAGCUCCUUAGUCCGAGAAAUUCCACUCAAGAUCCGAUGCCGAACGGUCGUCCACAAGAUCCCGGUGCUGUCGUCGGCGCCUCUGAGCCACGUGGUGAGCCAGCUGUCCGUCAUUCUUGAAGUCCCGCCUACUCGCCUGCUGUUGUUGAGGGAGGAAGUGGAGCUGCCGACAGACGCCACCGUCAGCGAGCUCGGCCUCGGCAUCGCAGACAUCAUAGAGUGCGUUACCAUGGCAGCGGAGGAUAAAAGCGUUGCCGUCGACGACAGCAGCAGCAGCAUCACUGUGAGACUGCAGAGCAAAGACAGAGACUCAACGCAGGAGUUCUCUCUGCACAGAGAGAAGUCGCUGGGCUCCAUCUUCUCUCAGUAUUUGUCCAAGAUGUCCGUCGCCGCCAAGAAGAAAGUCAGCUUCCAGUUCGACGGCGCCAAAGUGACGGCGAGCCAAACGCCGGCUCAGCUGGACAUGGAGGACGGUGACAUCAUCGAGGUGUGGUUGUGACAUCAUCGAGGUGUGGUUGUGACAUCAUCGAGGUGUGGUUGUGACACGCUCGAGUCAGCUUCAAGAAAAGAGAAAAGUUUGAUAGUUCGGUUAAAGUCACUUUAUUUAUUACAAAUGAGACAGAAAGAUGCAGCAGUUCAGAGUACAAAUUAUAUUUUUAGACACUAUUUGAAAUGAAUUAAUAAAAAAUUUAAAAAAGGACAAAAAGUUGUACAGUUGUAAUCUUGACUGAGUGUUUCUGUGACUGUAUGAUAGAUUCUGAUCUUUUCCUUUUGUAAGUGUUGUUUGUUUUUUUUUGUUGUUGGAGAAAAAGUCUGUUAAAAUACU